CAAACCGCAAAGGGACGAGCCGCAGAAACCCCUAGAAUUUGUCCCUGAUUUCCUUCUCGCCAGGGGCAUUCAGGGACAUUCAGGGGCAGUGUUGAAAAGAGAGAGCAAUACACCUUCCUGGGGGUCGUGCUGCAAUGCCUCUGUGGGGAAAAUUCAGGAGCUUUUUAAGAUAAAGAGGACGGUUGUUGGCUUGCAACUUUGGGUGGCCUUCAAGAUGCCGCUGCGAAAUAUCUUCCGCGGCAAAAGUGCCUCCAAGUCCUUCCCUGUGAAGAUAGUGAUGCUGGAUGCUGAACUUGAAUUCAACUUGCCAUGGCGAGCAACAGGGCGAGAUUUGUUUGAUUUGGUAGUACGCACAAUCGGAUUAAGGGAGACUUGGUAUUUUGGCCUUCAGUUUGAAGAUUCUAAAAACAACUUUGCUUGGCUCAAGAUGGAGAAAAGAGUGCAGGACCAGGACAUUCCAAAACAGUCAGUGGUUCCUUUUGUAUUUCUGGCUAAAUUUUAUCCAGAAGACGUAAGCGAAGAACUUGUUCAAGAAGUAACACAACACCUUUUCUUCUUACAGGUUAAACAGUCCAUCUUGAACAUGGAUAUUUACUGUCCUCCAGAAAUGUCAGUUUUACUGGCUUCGUAUGCUGUCCAGGCCAAGUUUGGGGACUAUGAUCAUGCUACCUACAGAGCUGGCUCACUCUCCAUGGAGGAGCUCCUUCCUCAGCGCGUCUUGAGCCAAUACCAAAUGACUCCAGUGAUGUGGGAAGAAAGGAUAAGAAUCUGGUAUGCUGAUCACAGAGGAAUGACACGAGAUGAGGCAGAAAUGGAAUACUUGAAGAUUGCACAGGAUCUGGGCAUGUAUGGAGUAAACUACUUUACCAUAACAAAUAAGAAGCAAACAGAACUCUGGCUUGGUGUUACAGCUCUUGGACUUAAUGUUUAUGAGAGCGAGAACAAGCUGGAACCCAAGAUUAGCUUUCCUUGGUCAGAAAUACGGAACAUAAGUGUAGAUGACAAGAAGUUUACUAUCCGUCCGACUGACAAGACUGCACCAAACUUUGUGUUCUUCUCCAAGAACAGUCGCAUGAACAAGCUAAUUUUAGAUCUUAGCAUAGGGAAUCAUGAGUUGUUCAAAAGGAGAAGAAAGCCAGACACCAUUGAAGUUCAGCAGAUGAAAGCGGCAGCUCGAGAGGAAAAACACAGACGACAGAUUGAAAAAGAUAAGUUGGCCCGAGAGAAGCAGCUAAGGGAGGAGGCAGAGAGACAGAAGGUUGAGUUAGAGCAAAGGCUCCUUCAGUAUCAAGAAGAAAUGAGAGCUGCCAAUGAUGCCUUGAGGAGAUCUGAGGAAACUGCUGACUUACUAGUAGAGAAGUCAAGAAUAGCUGAAGAGGAGACCAUGCUCCUAACACAGAAAGCUUCAGAAGCAGAGCAGGAGUGCCAACGUGCACAUCUCUUGUCAGCCAAAACGCAGGAAGAAAAGAUGCUGAUGGAACACAAGGUGAGAGAAGCUGAAAUGCUGGUGUCAACAAUGGUAGAAGAGGGAGAGAGAAGAGCCACAGAGUCUGAAAGGCUUCAACAGGAGCUGAUACGGGCAAGGUUUUCCGAGAAGCAGGCAAAGGAGAAGCUCAACACCCUUGUCAAAACUUUCAAUUCUUCCAUAUGUCACUCGGCAGCCAACUCAUCCAUUGUCAAUUCCUCCAUUCUUGGUACUUCUCUUUUGAACAAUUCUACGAUGCAUUUGCCACCACCUGCAUACUCACAUAGCCUGGCUAUUGGCAGCACUAAUGAUUUGGUAGUAGGCUCUGCAGUGGACUUGCCAGAUCUUACACUAGAGAGCACAGAAGCCCUGAACUCUACCUAUGCCCCCGACUUGACUAGUUUGGAUCUCCUGAAUGAUACUGACGUAGAGCAGCUAAGCUUGGAGAUUGAGAAGGAGAGGGUUGAAUAUUUAGAACGAUCAAGACACCUCCAGCAGCAGUUAAGACAUCUCAAGAGUGAAAUUGAGGUUCUGAAAGUGGAAGAAAAUCAAACUCUGUUGGAUGCAGUUUAUCACGAACAGCUAAGGGCAGGGGAGACAAAGUAUUCUACACUUCGACGAACGCGAUCUGGGAAUACUCGAACCAGGGUUGCGUUCUUUGAGGAAUUAUAGAUACUGUUGGAAAGAAAUGAAGGAUAAUUUUGUGAGUGAUGAUGAAGUAUUGUGGAUGAUGAACAACAUAAUAAUUGUGUUAAUUUUUUCCUUUUUUUUUAUUAUUUAUAGGUUACCAUAGCAUCUUCUCUCUUCCUGUCUCUUUCUCUGAAGUAAGUUUAGUAAAAAAUGUUGGAAAACAAGAAUAAAAACAGUUUUAAUGAAACAUGUUAGAAAGAAAUGUGAAAUAGUCAAACUUUAAAUUAGAUCUAUAUUUUUGGAGAGGUUGUAAUACAGAGUUUGCUCUAAAUGUUCAGAACAUAAAAUUACCAUAUAUUCUAAGCCGGAAGUGUCCUUCAUGAUGUAUCAUAUCACACAUCUUUUUUAUCAACAUUAUUUAUAAACACGUACUGCAUUACUGAUUUGCCCUUGCCACAAGGUGGAAUUGGUAGCUGUAAUGAAAUAGACAUGACUAGGAUUUGCACCAAUGUGUCAUUAGUCAAAGACUUAGAUAAGAAAACCUUUGUUGUCUCUCACAUGGUAGGGUAGAUGAUAAGAGACAGUGUGCCAAAGAAUGUGUCAACAAGUCAGUUUUAUUUUAUGAAAAGACUGAUCACAGGUUAAGUUAGAAAAUUGAAGGUUCCUAAUAAAACACUUUAAGUGAGUGUUUGCAUUUAUUCAAAUUUAUUGUAUGUUAAGCCACAUUAGUAUAUUUUUUGACAACUACAUUUACAGCAACUUGUCUGAUUCAUGAUAGUGACGGAACCCAUAUCAGUGCUAGUACUGAUGUGCUAUUUUAUUUUUUAUUUAUAUGGUGAAUCUAAUUUGAUUACUAGUAUUAUCAUUAUCAUCAACAAUAUUGUAAUAUCAUCUCCAUAGUCAUUUUUAUUAUCAGUUGCUACGGUUAUAAUACCAUUUUUCGUAAUAUUAUUCUUAUUAUCAGUAACUGCUGGUGAGGCCUGUGUUUGUGUCGUGGUUGAUGGAUAAUAGGUAUUAGGAACAGCAGAGCCAACUGGAAGGUCGGAAAAAGAACGCUGUCUUUAAGAGAUCAUCAUUUAUAUCGUUAUAUUCAUUAUUAUUAUUAAUGAUGAUUUAUUCAUAUUUGUGUUAAUAGUAAUGAUAAUGAUACUUAAUAAUCAUAACAAAAUAACAACAAUUUUUUGUGUGUGU